AUGUCUUUCUUCGGGGUGGGAAAUCCCUUUUCUACGCCUGUUGGCCAAAAAAUAGAACAAGCCACAGAUGGCUCUCUUCCAUCAGAAAACUGGGCCCUAAAUAUGGAAAUAUGUGACAUAAUAAAUAGCAGUUCAGAUGCGGCUAAAGAUGCCGUGAAAGCCAUUCGAAAACGUCUGACACAAAGUGCAGGAAAAAACUACACGGUUGUUAUGUACACUCUGACUGUAUUAGAGACCUGCGUAAAGAAUUGUGGGAAGGUUUUUCACGUUUUGGUCUGCAACAAGGAAUUUAUUUCGGAGUUGGUAAAACUUAUUGGACCGAAAAAUGAUCCGCCGACAAUCGUCCAGGAGAAGGUGCUCAGCCUCAUCCAGUGCUGGGCAGAUGCUUUCCAGAAUCAGCCUGACUUACAGGGAGUGGGGCAAGUAUACAAUGAACUCCGAUCGAAAGGCGUCGAGUUCCCAAUGACAGAUCUUGAUGCAAUGGCUCCUAUUUUUACGCCACAGAGGAGUGUACCAAAUGGCGGCGAUCAAGUGGCGGGCUCACCGCAGAGAACAGCUGCACAGAAUGCGCCCAGCCUACAGACGCAAGAAAUUUCUGGCACGGCAACCCUAUCAGACAGUCAAACUAACAAGCUCCGGGCCGAUCUAGCAGUGGUGGAAGGCAACAUGACGGUGAUGAGCGACAUGCUGGCGGAACUGACGCAGCAGCCGCCGCACCAGCAUCACCAGAGCGACAUUGAUCUGUUGAACGAGCUGGCAGAUACAUUGCGCGCGAUGCAAGUCCGCGUGGCGGAGCUAGUCGCGCGACUGGCCGUCGACUCGCCGCUCUGCGCAGAGCUGCUGCACACCAACGACACGCUGAACAACUUGUUGUUACGUCACUCGCGCUUCCUGAGUAACAGAAAUGCAGCAACUGGUGCUACUCCAUCAGCCAUUUUGGGCGCCGCAAUGGGUGUACCUGCAUCAACCGACUCGCCUAAGAAAACCAACGAUGACUCAUUAAUCGAUCUCAGCGACGAUAUGCCCGAUGUUGCAAAGCUUACGGUGAAAGACCCCAAGCAAGAGAAAUCCCCCGGCGGCAGUUCCAAGGACGAGUUCGACAUGUUCGCGCAAUCGAGAAACGUCACCUAUGAGACUUCCAAAACUGGUGGCAGCAGUUAUGCGGACAACAUGGCCGACCAGUCAUCCAGCAGCCUUGCCUCCGCAGCUAGCCAGCGCGCUACUCAGGGACAGCCAUUACCGUCGGGCAUCGACGAAAGGGAGAUUGAUGAGAUUGCCGCGUGGCUAGAACAGGAGAAGCAGGCGGCGUCAGAAUCCAAUGGAGCACAAGAAAGCGUAACGAGCAGUGACUUCGACAAAUUCCUUGCCGAACGGGCGGCUGCGGCCGACAGUUUACCGAAUGUCGGCGAAAAUUCGGCCACGCCGAAUCAGACGCCGCGCCAUCGCCACAUCAAGAAGGAAGACCCGGACGCUAUGUUCGCGCUCUGAUCAUCUGACAAACAGUAAAACGCAGUUUUUUGGGAUAUUUCGAUGGAUUUACAAAAAGAUCGUCGCAAAGAAGAGGGAAAAACUCGUUAAUCGUAGUUAUAAGAUUGCUUUCAUGAAAUGACGACGUAGAGGAUGUUUCGAAAUGGUGAAUUAAAAUUUUACGGGGCCUAAAAUAACGACCUACACAAAUACCUGAUAACAUGUUGCUUUAAUCUCCAAAGUUGUUCAACCAAAUUUAUUCUCGAGUAAAAUAAGCAACUUAAAUUUUAUCUCACCAUUUGAAACACUUUUUGUGUAAUGAUUAAUCCUUUAAAUGUAGAACAGUCGAAGACAGAAUUUUUUUAGCGGUAGGCUGACGUCAUAAAGCGAAAUACAGCCCGGUGCUACAGAAAUUCUAGCUCAUUGUUGCUAUUUAAGCUACAAUUUUAACUAAUUUAUCUGCCAACCUAUUGACAAUGUCACUGUUUAAACCUCUAUUGGUAGAUUGGGCGACAUUAAGUAAAAAUAAUAAUAAGAAUAAUCUGUCAAAAUGUAAACAGUGUCUAUUUUUUCGGAUCUAAUGCAUUUGGUAACAGGUGAAGGACCUCGAGUUCAUAUUUUGGAAUUUAGCCGUUUUUCACAAACACUGCUUUAGAAUGCUUAAAAUUACGCAAUGGUAAAGGGUAUUAAGUUCUAUAAUUCUAUAGUUUUUAAAAAACGUUUGUUUUUUAUUUAAUACAUUUUAAUUGGCCUUAAGAGACUAUACCAUCUCUAUACUAACUAGCUCGAAUUAAAAUUUUUUGGAUUCGUGUUUUCGCACCAUAUAGUAAUCAGUGUGU